CAGAAGAGUCAGAGAAACAGCCAACGACCCGUGAAGAAAAAUAGUGAAUCUGAAUGUAAAACUAUAAACAUAUUGUCUUGAUGUGUCCAGCUGAAAGUCAGACAGGAAACGAAAAUUAUUGUAAAAUAUAGACAAAGACAAAAAAACAAAAUAAAAAAAUCAAGACGAAAUUUUAUUAAUUAAGUGUUAGAAAUAAGUGCUUACCACAGUUGUUGAAAUCUCUAAGGCCGCCCACCCACACCCACCCUCCCACCCACCUACAGCCAAGGGGGGUUAGGAGUUCCUGAGUUCCGCAGUGACUUCCAGGAAUACCCGGGGAGUGUGUUCAGGCGGGAAAGCUUGCUCGCACUCUGAAUUACGAUAUUCUUAACAUAGCACCAAGCACGUUAGGCAGGACUGGAAACGUAUCCCUCAGAAAUUCAGAUGUACGUACCGAAGUGCCAAAUGAAAUUUUGUAACAGUUAAUAUUUGGAGAAAAUGAACUUUGCUAAACGGAUGGCAACCAUGGAACUAUAGCUCUCAAAAGACAGGUAUAACAACAACAACAAUACCAUAGAGUGUGUAAAAAGCAAAUCCAUUUUCCAUACAAGAAUCAGUGCGACUGCGACCGGAGUGUAAAAGCUAUAGACAAUCUAUAAGAAGAAAGGAGGUUUCAACUCGUUUGCAUAAGACUAGCAUCCCGACUCGCCAUGUCUAAAGGAAUACCAAGAUGGCUGUUGGUAUGUGCGGCGUGUGCCUGGGUUCUGGCUGGACGCACCGAGGCUAGAAGUAUAACCUGUCGCCAAAACGUUGACUGUAAGAAAAUCUGUGAUGAGAACGGCAGCUUCUACCUGCCUCAGGAUUGCACCUCUUGUUGUCCGCGAGGCGGGAAAGAGGCUAUGGCAGUGAAGGAAAACACGGUUGAAGGAAGGUUGACGGCAAUGGAGGCGGCGGUGAAUGAUCUCCGAGUCAUGACCGGCGUUCUUCUUGCUCUGGUUCUCCUGUUGAUCCUGGUGGUGCUGACGAUACUCCUCCACCUCACCAAGAACAUACCCAAGCUCACCCUACCCGUGUUCUUCAAGAAUGCCAAGAAGGGCGCUGCCAACUUGAACGACAAAAGUUCCACGCACAAAACCUGCAACGGUGUAGCCGACACCAACGUCGCGGUGGGCAGGAUUGCCAAUCACCAGACCAGCAGCAGUCCGAAGACCAAGAAAUCGUCCUUCAGAAAGUCGACCUACGGGCCCACCGAGGACACGGUCGGGCAGUACGAGCCGCGUUCCUUCAGGGUCCGACAGCCCUCCGAGUCCACCUGUCCUGACGAAGGCGCCGAUAUCUCCCAGCAAGGAUACGACAAUCUAGGCCUAUCCACCUCCACCAUCCACACCUCUAACCUGCACAACACUUCCAAUUCCUCCACGGACACUCUGGGCCCGAUAGUCUCCACCAACACCCUGGAUACGACACUCGCAUCGGAGAAUAACAUUCCCUCAGUCGUUAACAACACGACAGUUUAAGAUUUUUAAUGUGUCUUCAAGUCUAAUUUGAACUAGCUGCUUACCCUUCUGUUGUGUUCCCUUCAGUGCUCUAUUCCUUUUAUAUUUGUAGUUCUCUUGGUAAUGGAAAGAUUAUCUAAUUUACCUGAAAAUGCUACGUGUAACUACGGAAGCCUGCCCAAAGCUGAUCUUUCUCCUUUUCCUUGAUAUAAGUUAUUUUCUUCUCUUUAGUCCUCACACACACACACACACACAUAUAUAUAUAUAUAUAUAUAUAUAUAUAUAUAUAUUAAAUCAUAGUACCUGCUGUAAGCCACCAGUAUCACACAUCACAAAAAUCUUUUAGGCAGGGAAAUACAUUGGUCUUCCGGUGAAUCUGCUUUAACUCUGGCACUUGGAUACUGAAUUCGAUGCUGAUCGAUAAAACACUAGCACAUUGAGUCACAGUCCAGUAUUUCAUGCUCUUUGUUGCUUGAAUUACGAACGUCAGUGUAACUAUGAAUUCUAGCUCUGCUUAUUAUUAAAUAUUCGGUGAACUCUUGACGGUCGCAAUAACAAAACCGCAGCAAAAGACAAGCCAGUAUUAGAGAAAGUCAUUAUGAGUGUAAUGUUUCUAAAAAGCAGUUCACGUUUUAUGUACAAAUAUGUAUAUAUUAGCCUGUAAUUUCUCUUGUUGUCGUCUAGAAAUAUUUAGUAAGAAAAGGCGUCUUUGGGGUCUUCCUGUUCGGGAAUUAAUGGAUUCAUGUAAAACCUGCGUACAAGAGCCACUUUUCUGGUCUACGGUUGAUUACUUCUUGCUUUACUUAUGCCUUAACUGACUUCGAGAGGUUGUGAGUUUUGCUUGAUACUUGGCCGUAACUUUUUUUCUGCUGUAACUUUUCCAUCUUCCAUUAGCUGUCGUAAGAGCCUUCUGUGUAAGUCCUGCAGCUUCCAGGAAACUAGCAAUGGCAGUAGAUGGGGCCGAUAAAUAAUGGUAUAUUUUAUACUCGUAUUCGUGACGUAGUACGAUACUUGACUCUUUGAGUAAAAAUGGAGUUUAAAACAUGGUUAUCAAUUAGGCGAGAUAUGAAAGAUAAUCAGUCAAUACAUACAUACUUUAAAAUCAGACUGAGCCAACAGUUACUUUUGAUCAAUAUAGUUGGUUUUCGUUUGAUGAUUUUCAACAACCCUUCGCCACUUGACUUUCCUUAUUAAUUCAAUAUAUCCUUUUAAACAAACGUUCUGGUAAGCAUUUAAUGCAAUUUCUAAAUUCAAGAGGUGUAAAGGCUUAUUGAAUUCAUCUGAUUCUAUUUUUCCUGUCUGCUUACCUGCGAAGUAUGUAACUUAAAAUGUGAUUGGGUUGUCAACAGAACUUUAUGGGUGUGAAUCUUUCUAGUGGUUGUUUUCACUGUAUACAGCUGAUGUACUGUUUGAGAAAUGGAGUAACAGGAGCGAAUAUUCAUUUGUUUUAGAAAGAGUGGUAUGAUUGAGAGAAUGGAAUGGUUGAUCCUUUUUUGUGCGUGUGUGUCAUAUUUUACUUGAUUGAGUUUAAGAGAGACAGGAGUGUCGUAUGUUAUUUGGCAUUGCUUGUGGUAGGAUAUUUACACUAUACAUCCUCUCCAAAAAACAAUUUUAUAUUGACGUAGGUCUGAUUGUAGUGAGUGUGUUUAUUGAUUUGUAUUGAUAAAUUGGUAUGUGGGGAAAAAGGCGUCACAUUUCAUACCAAAAUCAUUAUAAUUUUAGUUAAACUAAGGGGGAAUGCGAAAUAAUUUUGUGUAAAUGAGAGCGACUGAGACUGUAAUUUAAUGUUUGUAUGCUUUGCUUUGAGGGUUACGAGUACCUUGUGCUUGAAUUCCCCCUUGGAAAGUCUCUAUCCCUGUCCGAAUAUAAAAGGCGAGCGUUAUGGCAAAUGUCGAGAGUAGAUUGGGAAUGUGUGACUGUCUCCUGUUGUGUUUUAUAAAUCAUAUAUGUGAGCAAUUUCAUACCGUUGUUGUGUACGUUGGUGUCUACAAUAUUUUAUGAAAGGGUUCAUAAAAGAAUUUUUGUUAACUUGUGCCUUAUCUGUUUAUCGCAACAAAUGUAUUAUACACGUUAUUUAGUUUGUGUUGUGAUGUGUUCGUGAAAAGGAUGUUAGAUGAGAUGGGAAUAUUUCCAAACCACCCCUAGCCUAUUUUAACCUCUCUGAUCCCAAUAACCAAGCCUAAAAUUCCCAUCUAAUCUGGCUGAUGAUGGAAAUCUCUGAUUUCACUCGGCUGGAUUCGAAAUGUAGUCAGUUUCUCAUUACAGACUUAAACACACAGAUAAACAUACACGCAUACUGGAAAAAAAAUAUCAUUCUCAAAAAAUAGCAAAGCCAUACAUACAUACAUAGCAACAGGAGCGCGGAAAAUAGCUGAUUUACAUAUCCAUUGCGGUAAAAGUCCCAUUACCUCAUUUCAUUCGCUAUUUACUCCGUUGGCGUGGCAUGUUUAUUACCUCAUUUCGAACACACACACACACACACACACACACACACACACACACACACACACACACACACACACACACACACACACACACACACGCACACACACACACACA